AGAUGGGGGUCUCACUAUGUUGCCCAGUCUGCUUGGGAACUCCUGGCCUCAAAAGAUCCUCCCACCUCAGCAUCCCAAAGUGCUGGGAUUACAGGCUUGAGCCACCACACCUAAUCUCUAUUUAAUCUUCCCACACCUAUCAGGAGAGCAUCACUGGCUUCUCAAUGUCAACACAGAGAAUCCUUACACAUCAAUUAGUCCAACCUUCCCAUUUUGCAGAUAGGGAAACUGAGGCCAGGAAGGGAAGCGAAUAGCUUGUGGUCACACAGCACAUUAAUGGGACAGCCAGUCCCGGAACUCAGACUCUUAUUUGGAGGGCCUUCACAGCUUACCUGUAACUCACCUGUCUUCCCAGCAGGUAAUGGGCACAUGAAGGAAGAACAAGCUGCAUAAUUGGGUUGUUGCUACAAGCCCAAGGCCCUGGGAGGUACAGGGGGCUCCCUAUCCCCCAGCCUGGACUUCCAGCUCUUCCAAGGUGACCAGGUAAGGUAGAAUCCCAGCCUUACCUUUGUGGGUAGUCUGCUUAUGGUGGGAGAUGACAUUAGGAGGAAGAAGGGGAAUGUCUGAAGGGACCUAGACCUCCUCCCUAGCCCUGAGCACUGCCUACCCCAGGCACAUCAUAGGGAUGUUCUCUUGAGGAGCCAGAGACCCUCUCCCCACGCCUCAGGUGGCCCAGACUCUCCUGUGGGGAAUAAGAAUAAGCAUCAUGCAACAGGCUUGGCUGCUAUGACCAUGGCCUUGGACUUUAGUAAGCAGGGGCUCAGGGCCAUCUUGCGGAGUUUAUAGUCUCCAAUGGGGAUUUUUUUUGGGUUCACCUUGGUGCAUUCAAAUUACAGUGAUGGUCUGAGAUACACUGUGGAUCAUUGUGGUCAGAGGUGCAUGGGGUUGGGGCAGGGAGGGAGAAGAGGACUAGAGGGGCCCCUGGGGACAGGAGGAGGGCAAUCUUGCAGUGAGUGGGAAAAUCCUGGGGGAAGAGAACUUUGGAUGAGGGAAGGAGAUGCUAUUUGAGUGACAGAUAUGGAGUAUCGUGGCUGUUUUUGCUUAUUCUUCCUUUUGGAAACCAAAAUAGGGGUGGGAGCCAUCUAAGGGACCCAUGGAAUCCCAGUCACCAGCCCCCAAGCCCCUUGCCCCUGCCCUCCAGGCCUUCUCAGCCUGCAGAUCACUUCCAGACACAGUGGAUGCUCAUGGCCCACCCUGUGCCAGCUGGCUGUGUCCCUUGCUGCUGGCACCAGGCAUGUCUGCCCUGCUGGCCCGCCUACAGGACCUGGACCUGAACCUGUGCACGCCACAGCCAGCACCCCUGAGCACAGCCCUGCAGGGCCUCCAAGAGGACACCUUGAGCAUGAAGCACCAGCCACCAGGGCUGCAUACCGGAUCCACCGAUGACAAGAAACUCACAGUCAAGCACCCAUGGAAUAAGAACAAGAUGGGAAAACAGCCAGAAAGAGCUGGCGAGGGGGCCCCCUGCCAAGCCUUCUUGCCUCAUGACAGCUCUUCCCCACCACUGCUGCAGAAUAGAAAGAGCCCCAGACCCUUGGCUUUCUGCCCCUGCCCCCCGGCCACCUCCAUCUCCAAGGAGCUCCCAUUCCACCUCCAUACCUUCUACCCUGGAUACCCACUUCUCCUGCCUCCACCCUACCUGUUCACCUAUGGAGCCCUACCUUCUGACCAACGUCCCCACCUCCUCAUGCUGCCCCAAGACACCUCCUACCCCAUCAUGGCUAUGCCUAGCCUGAUGAUGAUGGUCAAUGAGGCUGGGCACCACAGCGCUGGGUGGGAGACCCUGCUUUCCUACCCAGGGGCCUUCCAAGCCUCUGGCCAAGCCCUACCUUCCCAGGCCCGAAAUCAAGGCACUGGAGCUGCCCCAACCGACUCCCCAGGCCUGAAGCGUGGUGGCAUGGCAUUUCCAGCAAGGCAGGGCCCUGUGCGUUCCCGGACAGGCACUGCAGCCCUGCCUUACCCGCUGAAAAAGGAGAAUGGCAAAAUCCUGUACGAGUGCAACAUAUGUGGCAAGAGCUUUGGGCAGCUCUCCAAUCUCAAGGUCCACCUGCGUGUGCACAGCGGGGAGCGCCCAUUCCAGUGUGCCUUGUGCCAGAAGAGCUUCACCCAGCUCGCCCACCUGCAGAAGCACCACCUGGUGCACACUGGGGAGCGGCCCCACAAGUGCCUGGUGUGCCACAAGCGCUUCAGCAGCUCCAGCAACCUCAAGACCCAUCUGCGCCUGCACUUGGGGACCCGGCGCUUCCAGUGCAGGGUCUGCCAGAGCCGCUUCACUCAGCACAUCCACCUGAAGCUGCACAAUCGGCUGCAUGCCCCACAGCCCUGUGGCCUGGUGCACACUCAGCUGCCCCUGGCUCCUCCGGCCUGCCUUUCCCAGUGGCACCCGGGGAUACUAGAUCUUAUGGCGGUGGCAUCAGAGAAACACAUGGGCUGUAACAUAGAGGAGGUCAAAGUGUCCUUGACAUCCCAGGGGAAAGCAAGAGCAGUGAGCCCCCUGAGCAGUGCCAGGACUCCCCUGGGGAGGGGGCAGGGGCAGAACAAUUAAAAACGUUUCUUUAAUGCA